AUGGCAGCGUCCGUGUGCCGAGUUGGGACCGUGGUGGGCCGAGCACUUGCCAAAGCUCGCAGCCCUGUGUUGCUGUCUCUGAGAAGGGGACAGGCGACUGUGACCUACGCGCAAAGCCUGCUGGGAGUGCCCGAGACCCAGCAGACGACCCUGGAUAAUGGGCUGAGGAUUGCCUCUGAGGAGACUGGACAAGCCACAUGCACUGUUGGCCUGUGGAUCAGCUGUGGAAGCCGCUAUGAGUCUGAGAAGAACAACGGUGCCGGGUUUUUCCUGGAGCACAUGGCUUUCAAGGGGACGAAAAAGCACCCUCAGUCUGCCCUGGAGAAGGAGGUGGAGUCUAUGGGGGCCCAUCUGAGUGCAUAUACAUCUCGCGAACACACUGCUUACUACAUGAAGACUCUGGCAAAGGAUCUGCCCAAAGCGGUGGAGCUGCUGUCUGAGGUGGUGCAGAGCAGUUCCCUGAGUGAAGCGGAGAUAGAGCAGCAGCGUGGGGUGGUGUUGAGGGAGCUGGAGGAGGUGGAGAGCAGUCUGCAAGACGUGUGUUUGGACCUGCUCCACGCCACGGCGUACCAGGGCACCCCUCUGGGUCAGAGCGUUCUGGGACCGUCUGCCAACGCCAGGUCAUUGACCCGUCAGGACCUGGUUGAAUACAUUGACAGCCACUACAAAGCCCCUCGUAUGGUUCUUGCAGCAGCUGGAGGUGUCAGACACGAUGAGCUGGUGAGCUUGGCUAAGCAGCACUUCAGUGGCGUGUCCUUUGAGUACCAAGACGACGCUGUUCCUGUCCUCUUCCCCUGUCGCUUCACCGGCAGUGAGAUCCGUUUGCGUGAUGACGGCCUGCCCCUGGCACACAUUGCCAUCGCUGUGGAGGGUCCUGGAGCCACCAGCCCUGACAUCGUGCCCCUCAUGGUCGCCAACUCCAUCAUUGGCAGCUACGACAUCACCUUCGGCGGUGGCAAGCACCUGAGCAGUCGUCUGGCUCGCCUGGCGGCAGACAUUAACUUGUGCCAGAGUUUCCAGGCCUUCCACUCCUCCUACAGCGACACAAGCCUGCUGGGCAUCUACUUUGUCACUGACAAACACAAGAUUGAGGACAUGAUGCACUGGUCUCAGAAUGCCUGGAUGAAUCUGUGUACCACAGUGACUGACAGUGAUGUGGCCAGAGCUAAGAACGCCCUGAGGGCCACUCUGGUGGGACAACUCAACGGUACCACGCCCGUGUGUGAUGACAUCGGCCGACACAUUCUGACUUACGGCCGUCGUAUCCCUCUGGCGGAGUGGGAUGCUAGGAUCGAGGCUGUGACGCCCAGGGUGGUGCGAGACAUCUGCUCCAAAUACUUCUAUGACAAAUGCCCAGCGGUCUCUGCCGUUGGUCCUAUUGAGCAGUUGCCUGAUUAUAACAGAAUGCGCAGUGCCAUGUACUGGCUCCGGUUCUGAACACCAUCCUCUGUGUGUCUGCACUCUUCUCUCUCUCCCUUUCUCACUCUCUCACUCUCCCUCUCUUUUUUCCCCUCCUUUCACCCCCUCGUCUUCUCCUCCCGCCCUCCUUCCUCGUCCUUCUCUCUGGAUAACAGCUCCAAAUAUCUGUCCAUCCGCGCGCUCUUUCGUUCCAGUCUUUGUGUGCAGAACACGUGAAAUGCUACGACAAGUCGAAAGAACCGUGUCGAUUUUAGUAUGGUUUUAUUUUCAGAUAUCAACCAUUACCUCUGCAUUAAAGAUUGUACAAACUCGUAACAAUGUAGUCUGUGAUAUCUAGAGAUGUCUAAAGAAAGGAAAGAUGAUCUAGAGUAAAGAGAGAGAGAAAGGAGGUUAACACGUGUUUGAUUGAUAGAUGCAGGUACAUUGGUUUUCAGGGGACUGUUCACCACCAUUUCAUGUGCUGCGGAAUUAUAUUUAUGAUUUGAUGUUUUGUUUCUGUCCUCUAUUGUACAUAACAGAAGCCCUCAUUCCGAAUUCAAAUAAAACUCUGUAAAGUCCA